CUGCCAAUGAACGCAGCGCGUGCACACAGACGGGCAGCCGCGUCAGCUGCCGUCGUGUCGGGAUCGGAAUGCGUUCGGAGCGCGAGAGACGAGCACUCGGUAACGGAACGCUCGAGAUCAAGGAGGGAAUGCCCCGCGUGCUGAAAGCCCGACGCUCGCCGUGUACGGAGAAGAACGCGCUCCACCGGUAACCGAUUCGUUGGGAUUUAUUGAACUUGCAUUACCCGGUACAAUACCCAGGUUGGAUUAUUUCACCGGGAUCGCGAUGGUGUUACGCGUGUGAAGAAAAGGGAGAAGAAGGCAUAUUUGGGAGCUUCUGAUUCGUGAGACAUGCAGGGAUUCGUGCGGUUAUAGUCUCGCCGCUGAACUGUUUCGGAGCUCGACUCCCUCCUCCUCCUUCCCCGUGUUUGUUGCUCCUUCGCCGGGGAGCCGUGGAGUGGGCACACGGCCGGGAGAAAAGCCACUUCGGCCAGGCAGACACAACACUCCUUGCCCGUAUGGGUCUGUUCCUCUCCGGUUCCCCGUGUUAGCGGCGUCUCGUCUCGGCUCCACCACCACGGGAUUCCUGCUCCGAGCGGUACAGGGUUUGGGGGGACGGGGGACCCCUACUACUGCUACUGUUCUCCCGGGGAGCUGGGAGUCGGUAGGCUGCGGUGCAGACACCUCCAGACGGGCGAGUGAAAGGAGUAGAACCAGCAAGAAGCCAGCUCGGAUUAAAGCGACGCGGUUGCGAUUCUUUUCGAAGGGGACCGUGCGGGACCAGCACUGAUUUGUUUUUGUUUAGAUGCCCACAAGCCGCAGGGGUAUCAGAACACCAGGAUUCUGAAUCGUGGAUAAGUCUACCAGGACCCUGAACCGUAGGUAGAUCUACCAGGACCGUGGACCCUGUCCCGUAAGUAGGACUACCAGGACCCUGACCCAUGGUUAGGUCUGUAUCGUAGACCCCUGAGCAGCGGGACGAGCAUGCAACUCCGCAGACGAGACCAGGGGGAGAGACGCCGCUUCUGAACAGAACCCCCAGUCGCCCACAUGCUCUGGAUCAACCGCCGGUUCGGGGAACGGAACACGAAGACCCGGGGGGAGGCGGUGAGUUGGGGUUCGUGGGAGGUCGCGGGAGGAUGGAGCGCUGCUGCUGAGAAGGCGAGCCCAACUUCUGGCUACUUUCGACCCCCCGUCGCUCCCACUUGCAGGACCCAUGAAGGCCAAAAAGCGAUACCUGUUCCUGCUGUCGGCCGGCGCGUGCCUGGUGCUCCUCUUCUAUUUUGGAGGGGGGGUGCCGCUCCCCAAGGCGCGCCGGGGGGGCGGGCGCGAGCGCGGCGGUCGCGAGGGCAAGCGCGAGGGGCACCAGCCGUGGCCCCACUUCUCUGACCCCUUACAGGGCUUCGUGCCCUCGUGGGACCACACGGACACGGAGGAAUACAACCUCCACGUGUCGCCGCGGCAGAAGCGGGACGUCACCGCGGGGGUCUUCCGCGGCCGCGGCUGCCGAAUGGACACCUGCUUCGACUCGUCCCUGUGCCGGAAGCACGGCCUGCGCGUGUACGUGUACCCGCUGGUCAAGGGCGAGAAGAUCUCGGAGAGCUACCAGAACAUCCUGUCCACCAUCGAGGGCUCGCGGUUCUACACGUCGGACCCGGCCCAGGCCUGCCUGUUCGUGCUGAGCCUGGACACGCUGGACCGCGACCAGCUGUCCCCGCAGUACGUGCACAACCUCAAGGCCAAGGUGACGAGCCUGCCGCUGUGGAACGACGGCCGCAACCACCUCAUCUUCAACCUUUACUCGGGCACCUGGCCUGACUACACGGAGGACCUGGGCUUCGACAUCGGCCAGGCCAUGCUGGCCAAGGCCAGCCUGAGCGCCGACAACUUCCGGCCGCGCUUCGACGUGUCCAUCCCGCUCUUCUCCAAGGACCACCCGCGCGCCGGAGGCGAGCGGGGCGCGCUCCGCUACAACACCGUGCCGCCCUACCGGAAGUACAUGCUGGUGUUCAAGGGGAAGCGCUACCUGACGGGCAUCGGCUCGGACACACGCAACGCGCUGUACCACGUACACAACGCGGAGGACGUGGUGCUGCUGACCACGUGCAAGCACGGCAAGGACUGGCAGCGGCACAAGGACGCGCGCUGCGACCGGGACAACGCAGAGUACGACAAGUAAGUUCACCAACACAAUCACAAACCGACAAAUACGAGGGUUGCUCAACCUGUAAACCACUGCACCUGUCCCUCUCAGUGUGCCCACUUUACGCCGAAAGCUGUGUUUGUUUGUGUUUACAUGGGCUGCGUUAGUCCCAUCGUGUUCUACGCACUGUUGUCUUUGAUACGUGGAUAAAGUGUGAGUGACGUCACGGCCGAUCAAACGCGCCGCCGCGGUCAGCGGGAGCCAGCGAGACCCGGGGAGCCUGGGAGCCGAUGGAGGCCCUAUAACUCUCUCUCCCGCCGACCUGAGCUGGCGUAAAUCACCAGGUCUCUCUCUCUCUCCCUCUCCCUCUCCCUCUCCCUCUCUCCUACCUCCUACCUGUCCUCUCCCUCCC